CUUCUCCACCUCUCCUGAUGACCUCCUCUUUGUUUUGCUGCUCUUGUCUACAGAAUCUGUCCGUGUGUCUUCAGUUCUCCUCCAGCAUGGCAGCACUGUGGCUUCAGUCCUUCUCUCUGCUGGUCUUACUGGUUGUAUUGUGGCCCGGCUCCCAGGGCGUCGCACCGCCGCAGCAUCUAUGUGGCUCUCACCUGGUUGACGCUCUCUACCUGGUCUGUGGGGACAGAGGCUUCUUCUACAGCCCCAAGAGGGAUGUGGACCAUCUCCUGGGGUUCCUCCCUUCAAAGACAGGCACAGGGUCGAGUCACGGCGGUGAGAACGAGGUGGCUGAGUUAACCUUAAAGGACCAGAUGGAGAUGAUGGUUAAGAGGUCAGGCAUCGUCGAGCAGUGCUGCCACAGGCCCUGCAGUAUCUUUGACCUGCAGAACUACUGCAACUAAUCGGCGUGCAGACAGUGACUGAGCGCAGCUUGAUUUGUUGGUUAAUUUAGAUCUCUUCAGCGUGGAUCUCUUCCAGAGAACCGUCUGCAGUCAAUGACCUGCUGAGAGAUGGAUUAUUUUUGCAAGAAAAUAAAGUUUUAUGAUUUGA